UAUGGGCUAUAAUCAAAGCCCAGUAGAAUAACAGGCCCACCUCCGUCUUAACACUGAAAAACCUCGUCGGAGAAUCAGAGAGGCGUGAGCGGUUAACGAAGCAGCUUCAACCGCUGCAAAGGCAACCACCGCACAUCACUCUCUCCACAUUCAAAUUCUGCAUAUGCAAAACGACGCAUAAAUUCCACCACAAUGCCUCGAAACGACGACAUCCGUUUCGUUUCUUCUUCCAUCAAAAUCCCUCUCCCUUCCAAACCCCUAAACACUCCUUUCAAAACCGCACAUUCUCACUUCACCAACGCAACUAACUCGUUUUCUCAACUCAUUCACUCGUUCAGAACUCACUCCACCGAGUUAACCCGGUCAGUGUUCCGGAAAUCGCAUUCUCUAUGUUCGGCGACAUUAUCACUCACCGACGAGAGAAAAGGCCUGUCUCUUUCUGCGGCGGAGGAGACUCAGUUGAAAACUCGACAGAAUGAAGAGAGAGUUUUGAUCAGUGAAGUGUUGGUUCGAAACAAGGACGGCGAAGAACUCGAGAGGAAGGACCUGGAAGCGGAAGCAGCUCAGGCUCUCAAAGCCUGUCGACCUAAUUCGGCUCUCACGGUUCGCGAGGUGCAAGAUGAUGUUCAUCGGAUCAUCAAUAGUGGAUACUUUUGUUCAUGCGUUCCGGUUGCAGUUGAUACGCGUGAUGGUAUUCGAUUGGUAUUUCAGGUAGAACCAAAUCAAGAGUUCCAAGGAUUGGUAUGUGAAGGAGCUAAUGUUAUUCCAGCCAAGUUUUUAGAGAACUCUUUUCGAAAUGGACAUGGGAAAGUUAUCAAUUUGAGGCGUUUGGAUGAGGCUAUAUCUUCUAUUAAUAACUGGUAUAUGGAGCGUGGUCUUUUUGCCAUGGUAUCAGCUGUUGAGAUUCUAUCCGGGGGUAUCCUAAGAUUACAAGUUUCAGAGGCCGAGGUCAAUAAUAUUUCCAUACGGUUUCUUGACAGGAAGACUGGUGAGACUACUGUUGGGAAGACAAAACCUGAAACAAUACUUCGGCAAAUUACAACCAAGAAGGGGCAGGUCUACAGCAUGCAUCAAGGAAAAAGAGAUGUAGAAACUGUAUUAACAAUGGGGAUCAUGGAAGAUGUUAGCAUUAUUCCCCAACCGGCAGAUACGGGGAAGGUUGACUUAGUGAUGAAUGUGGUGGAACGUCCUAGUGGAGGAUUUUCUGCUGGUGGUGGGAUAUCAAGUGGGAUUACAAGUGGUCCACUCAGAGGACUCAUUGGAAGCUUUGCGUAUUCUCAUAGGAAUGUUUUUGGGAGAAAUCAGAAACUCAAUAUUUCCUUAGAGAGGGGCCAGGUUGACUUAAUUGUUCGUGCAAACUACACUGACCCUUGGAUCCAAGGAGAUGAUAAGCGAACAUCUGGAACAAUAAUGAUUCAGAAUUCAAGAACGCCCGGAACAAUUGUUCAUGGUAAUCAGGAUGGUAGCAGUAACCUGACCAUUGGCCGCAUCACAGGUGGCAUAGAGUUGGGUCGACCCAUUAGGCCAAAGUGGAGUGGAACAGCCGGAUUGAUUUUCCAGCGCGCCGGAUGUGACAACAAUGGUAAUCCUAUCAUUAGAGAUACUUACAACAGUCCUCUUACUGCAAGUGGCAAUAACCAUGAUGAUACAUUGCUUGCUAAAGUUGAGACUGUUUACACUGGUUCUGGUGAACACGGGUCUUCUAUGUUUGUCCUAAACAUGGAACAGGGGCUUCCUGUUUUGUCUGAUUGGUUAUCCUUCACUAGGUUGAAUGCACGGGCUAGGAAGGGUAUUGAGAUUGGUCCUGCUCGUUUUAAUUUAAGUCUCUCCGGGGGCCAUGUGGUAGGCAAUUUCUCUCCCUAUGAAGCUUUUGCCAUUGGUGGAACAAAUAGUGUGAGAGGCUAUGAAGAAGGUGGUGUGGGUUCUGGUCGAUCGUAUGUUGUUGGCUCCGGAGAAGUUUCUUUUCCUAUGAUACGGCCAGUAGAAGGUGUCAUAUUUUCUGACUAUGGAACUGAUCUUGGAUCAGGCUCCACUGUCCCUGGCGACCCUGCUGGAGCGAGGAAUAAGCCUGGAAGCGGAUAUGGGUACGGGUUGGGCAUCCGUGUUGAUUCGCCUUUGGGUCCUUUGCGUCUUGAAUAUGCCUUUAAUGACAAGCAAGAGAAGAGGUUUCACUUUGGGGUUGGCUAUAGAAACUAAACGUCCUCUCAAGAUAAUUUACAGGAUUUGCAUGAUUAGUGGAAAGUGGAUCGGUCAUGUAGGUUUUUUACAUUAUAGGAUCGUGUGGAGAGAAAGAUGAAGCAUCAAAAAGGGUUCUGACUUCCUGAGUAGUAACCAACUAUUCAACAUUUGGACUACACCUGACUAGCUAGCUAGCUAGCAGUAGUGUAGAUGAUCAUCAACGUGUGAGCUGUUGCGAUCAGAGGUUAAUGAAUUAUUGGAUCCUUCAUUCCUACUGUAGUAGUAUAAUUGAUAAUUCUAUAUUUUUGUAACAAAUACACAUCAAGGAGUUAUAAUUUUAAAUAUAUUUAAUCCAUUUUUUGGAAGUCUGUUUGUUACUGUGACAGUCCUAAGAAACUCAAGUAAACAACUAAGGAAAAUACACAAGUUAUGAAGAACAUAGAGGUCCAUCACUAGACCACACUAUACUCGAGGCCCCUAAAUUAAAAGCAGAAAAGCAAAAAUUCUUUAAAGGGUUAAUUAUUUGCAAUAUUUCGCAUUUUAAAAUCAUAACCAGAUUUUUGGGGUCAUAAUUUCCCUUCUUUUUGUUUAACUUUUUGCUGGAAAAGUUAGAUACUUAGAUCCACUGUA